AUUUGUUGACAACUUUCGAUGGUAAGCUUCUGUUUUGUUCACGGUCAUCAUAUAUAAAGUUAUAUCAGCUGUUUUUUAUUAUGGUUAGGUUUCUUGACAUAUUAUGUCCCAUUCAAAACAACAAACAUGUAAAUUAAUUCUCAAAUGGCUUCAAGUAUUAUAAUAAUCAAAAUUUUGAAAAUCGUGAGCAUUUGUCUAGAUUGCCCUAAAUUGUAUUUGUGAUAAUACUUGUGAUAAUAUGACCAAAAGGAAGAAUGGUGUAGAUGUAUUUCCAUCACUUUUAUUAUAUUUUAUUCUCUGAUUCAGGGAUAGAACUGUGCAAUUAAUAAUUUUCAAAUAGGUUCUAAACUAAAUCAUCAUGCAAAAUUAUUCAUCCUUACAAGAAAAUCAUGAUCAAGAAGAACAAGGGAUACUAUUCCAUGUAGCUGAACCAACUAGAUCAAAAUGGAACCACAUAGAAGACUUGGACUCCUUUUUUUCUCGAAUGUAUAAGUACCACCAAAAGCAUGGCUUUGUUUGUAUGCUGCUUCAGGAAAUCUUUGAACUGAAUCAAUUCAUAUUUGUAGUCUUCCUAACAGCAUACCUCAUCCAUGGAAUAGACUACCAAUUGCUUUUUGGGUAUACUCCAGGACCAGGAAGAAAACUUACCUUAGGUGAUGUCAUUUACCCUAUAGAUAAGUGGUUAGACAAUUUUACUGGCUUGACUUGGUUCAUAUUGAUCAUUGCAGCAGCUGUAUUUUUAUUAAAAUUCCUGACUAGGUGCUAUCAGAUAAUCUACUUUUGGGAUAUCAAGCAAUUUUAUAAUACUGCCCUCAAUAUUAAAGACUCUGACUUAGAUAAUUUGACUUGGCAUGAAAUUCAAACAAGAAUAAAAUUAGUGCAGCUGGAACAGCAAAUGUGUAUACACAAGAGGGAGCUUACAGAAUUGGAUAUAUACCAUAGAAUAUUGCGUCAAGAAAACUAUUUGGUAGCUAUGGUUAAUAAACAUUUGCUACCACCAAGGAUGCAUAUACCUUUUCUUGGGGAAGUUGUCUAUUGGACCAAAGGGCUGCGAUAUAACAUGCAAAGUUUACUUUUCUGGUCCCCUUGGUCCCCAUUUGAGAACCCCUGGCAUUUGCGUGAGGAAUAUAAGAGACAGAACUUGCGUACUGAGCUAGCACAGCAACUUGGUAGACAAAUAUUGUGGCUGGCUUUGAUAAACCUCAUCUUAGCGCCGAUAAUAUUCAUCUGGCAGAUCUUAUACACAAUGUUUAGCUAUGGGGAAGUAAUUAAGCGUGAACCUGGACAAAUGGGGACAAGAUGCUGGUCCACUUACUCCAAAAUGUACCUCAGACAUUUCAAUGAGCUAGAUCAUGAACUGCAUUCUAGACUCACAAGAGCUUAUCUCCCAGCAUCACAAUAUCUUUCAGCAUUCAGCAGUCCUGUAGUGACAGUUGUAGCACAGUAUGUGGGGUUCCUAUGUGGGUCCCUGUUCACAGUUAUAGUAGCCCUGACGAUUUAUGACGAGGAUGUCAUUGGCGUGGAACAUGUGCUCACAUUGAUGACUGGAGUAGGUGGAAUGACGGCUAUUUGUCGGGGAUUGAUCCCUGAUGAGACUGUAGUCUGGUGUCCAGAACAACUGCUACAGUGUGUAGUGAUGCAUACUCACUAUCUGCCUUCUGGUUGGAGAGGGCAGGCACACACAUCAAAGAUACGUGAAGAGUUUCAGCAGCUCUUCCAAAUGCGUGUUGUGGCGGUUUUAGAAGACUUGUUAUCACCAAUCUUGACACCUUACCUUAUGUGGCGAUGGGUAUAUCCCAGGUCAUUGGAAAUAGUUGACUUCUUCAGGAACUUCACCGUGUCUGUAGUUGGUGUUGGUGAUGUGUGUAGCUUUGCACAAAUGGAUAUAAAAAAGAAUGGCAAUCCAGAAUGGCAUACUGAUUCUUUGCUGCCUCAGACAGAAUCUAUACCUGAUCAAUACACUCAGGCGGAAGACGGUAAAAUAGAGCUAUCCCUAGUUCACUUCACCACUACAAACCCAUCAUGGGUUCCUCCACCCGAAGCAGUACAAUUUGUAGAGUCAGUACAAGAUGAAGUGGAACCAUUGUUUGACAAUGUUGAUGAUAGGAACAUGUUUGCUAGUUUUGCUAAUUUAGUGUCAAGCUCCACAACUAGCGCUGAAAGGAAGAAAAGCAUUCGUACAAAAUCGAUUUUUGUGGAGGACCCAUCUUCAGGGAACGCUCUAGGAUUAGGGGCUCCUAGGCAAUCUGUUUGGAUGGCAGAAGGGCCUAGUGUGAUGGGGCCCCUGAAUAUGCGUAGCAGUGCAAUAGCCUUGCAUGAUAGGCACUAUCGGCAAGCAGCGAAGCAUACUAGGUCUAUGGAAGAAACUACACCUUUGUUGACACCUAAAAAUACGUCUUCUUUGGGGCCCAAACAUUGA